CACAUUAGUGAGAAGCUGAAGUCAUUUCCUUUUUCUCUCAUCUGGACUCUUUCCUCUUCUCAACCGAGUUCUGCUGAUUUUCUGUGAGGAUUAUACAAAGAGAGUUUGUUUGUUCUUAGAAUAAAAGAACUGACAAAAAGGCUAGAAAGAAUGACCGAGUUCGUCGAAGAGACCAUGAAGAAGUUUCAAGAGCAACGGUUGAAGAUAGACGAGUUUAGAUUCCACGACGAAUGCCUUGCAAAGGCCCACAGGGGUUGGUUGCACGAAUAGAUAAGUGGAUGGGCAUCGCUCUUGACAACAACGUCCAAGAGAUAAGCAUUGUCAACAAAUAAAUCCGCCCAUACUUUAAUUUCAGAAAGGAUUCUCUCUUUUCCUGUCUAUUAUUUCCCUUAAAUUAAUGGGUGGGAGUUUGGUUCUUUCAUCCUCAUCCGAUGCAUCAAUGAACAUCUGCUGUCGCUCACUCUUGAUCAGAUGUUCAGGAGACCCAUGAGUGCAUGCCAUUCCCCUGAGUUUCUCUUAAUUACAUAGUGCAGGGGCCUGACGGAAAUCAGGGUUUCCAGUCCUCGUAAUAUCAAGAGGGUGCAUCUUCAAACAUCUUAAGGUACUAGACUAGUCAAAAUAGAAGCCCCAAGUCUAGAAAGCUUCCACCACCGGUACAGCGUGAAUGGUUCGAGGAAUUCCUAUCCAGGUUUCCAAUGCUGCAAGACUUGACCAUUGACUCCUGCUCCUUAUUGAGAAGGAUCAGAAUUUCUAGCCCCUUGGUUAAGAGCAAAGCAAUCAAGUGCUGCUAUAAAUUCAUAGACAUCAAUCUUGACAAUCCAGAGCUAAUGUGGUUCGAGCUACAGGCAAGAGAUGGAAUGCUGCCAUCCAUAUGGAUGGAGAAUCCUCCAUGUAAUGAGAAUCCUCUGUGUAACGACUGUGAGGCUGAUCUAGAAAUUCAUUCCUCUGGGCAGGUGGAACCUGGUUGGCCUUGUAAGAUGAGGGAAUUCCUAUCCAGGUCAUGCAAAUUCUAUAGGCCUCUAACUUUGAACAUACGGACUCCGGAUUUAGAUUUUGGGCUCCAGUUUGACAUCGGAUACGAAUGGUUGGCUACACUGGCAUGCAGUUCGGACCAAUUAUCGCACACUCGUUAUGAGGCCAUGUUAGGCAGGCUAAGCAAGAAGAUGCUGCCCCUGGCAAUUGACCCAGCUAAAAUGAAUGGCUUGCUCUGGACUCCUCAACCUACUUCUGUAGCCGAAGUUGCAGCUUUGUUAGGGGAUGAUUUCGUACAGUUCUGCUGCGAGAAGGUUGCCGAAAGACAAGGUCAUUCAACUUCAGGGUGCUGCGGCUGUUGGCCGCAUCGAUUGGAGCAUUUCAAGAUUGAAACGAUCAAGGGAAGCGAUUAUAGAGGACCUAUAUGUGGAGACAGACACACAAUAUGGAUCAAGUAAGGAAAGAAAAUAAAUGGGAAUGUAAUGUCUGCUUGCUUCCAUCGCCAUGCCUACGGCUAUGGGUGGGUAUAGAAGCAUUGCGCUAGGAGAGAUUAACAAUAAGCUCUUUUCAUCUUGAGAUCUCUUUUCUUAUUUGAUUAUUUAUUAAAUUUGAUUAACCUUAGGAUUGUUUCAUACUGGGAAUUCGUUAUAUCUCUUGUUUUGGUGGUGAUCUUUCGUCUUAGGACGGAUCCUAAAUGGCCCGACUUUUCCUUUGUCAAACUUGGUUUGUGUUGAAUUCACUCAA